AUGGAAGAAGAAGAGGAGAGAAAGGAGGUUGAAAAUAUUUCCAGCAAGGAUACAGGUAAUCAUGAGCUGGUUAGUGGUGUACAGGAAAAUGUUGAUCCAUCUCCCCCGGAAACUACUGGUGAUACGGAUGGUAAAGCUGAUGCAGGACGGAAUAGCAUAACAUUGCAAACAACUGAUUCUGUUCCUAAGGUUUUGGAUCAGGAAACUGCCGGUAAUACUGAUGGUAAAGCUGAUGCAGGACGGAAUAGCGUAACAUUGCAAGUAACUGAUCCUCUACAUAAAGUUUUGGAUGAGGACCAGUUCGAGCAGGUCAACUUGAAAGAUCAAGAUAAGACUGUUGGUGCAUCUAUAGGCAGUCAUGUGGAAUCAAAUCGGACAUCAAAUUCAGACAAUGCUAGACAAUCAUAUGGUGGGUUUGAAGUUGCCUCACAGGCUUUGACUUCAGAAUUUGAUUCUUCUAUGGUUGAUGAGUUGCAUGAUGAUCAGUCUGCCUGGAGCCCACGUCAAGACAGUCAAUUUGGUCACUCUAUCUACACAUCCAUGUCAGCUGGUAGUUUUGAUUCUUCUUAUUACGGGGAUGCAGGUUAUUCUCCGGUAGGUUCACCCCCGAAAUCAAGGCAGAAACCUAUUAUGCCGAAUGUAUCUCCGGAGUUGCUACAUUUGGUGGAUUCUGCCAUCAUGGGAAAGCCUGAAAGUUUGGACAAACUGAAGAAUAUUGUCAGUGGUGUGGAGAGUUUCGGAACUGGGGAGGAAAUGGAGAGCAUUGCUUACUUGGUAGUUGAUUCACUUAUUGCAACAAUGGGUGGUGUUGAAAGUUUUGAAGAAGAUGAGGAUAACAAUCCUCCUAGCGUGAUGCUAAACUCUCGGGCUGCCAUUGUCGCAGGCGAACUUAUUCCUUCGCUUCCUGGGUUCGGUGAUAGUCAUGCUAUCAUGUCCCCUCGCACACGAAUGGUAAGGGGGCUACUUGCUAUAUUACGGGCUUGUACAAGAAACAGAGCGAUGUGCUCGAUGGCUGGUUUAUUAGGAGUUCUUCUAAGGACAGCAGAGAAGAUUUUUAUGCAGGAUGUUAAUUCAACCGAGCAAAUGAGAUGGGAUGGAACUCCUUUAUGUUACUGCAUUCAACACUUAGCAGGGCAUUCACUUAGUGUUGUUGAUAUGCACAGAUGGUUUCAAGUCAUUACUCGGACGCUUACCACAAUAUGGGCAACCCGAUUAAUGCUUGCUCUGGAGAAGGCUAUGGGUGGAAAGGAGUCGAGGGGACCAGCAUGUACAUUUGAGUUUGAUGGUGAAAGCUCAGGUUUGCUUGGUCCAGGGGAGAGUCGUUGGCCAUUUACCAAUGGUUAUGCUUUCGCAACAUGGAUUUACAUUGAAUCAUUUGCAGAUACAUUGAAUGCAGCAACUGCUGCAGCAGCAAUUGCUGCAGCUGCUGCUGCCAAAUCAGGUAAAUCGUCAGCAAUGUCGGCUGCUGCUGCUGCCAGUGCACUUGCUGGUGAAGGCACAGCACACAUGCCGCGGUUGUUCAGUUUCUUAUCUGCUGAUAAUCAGGGGUUAGAGGCAUACUUCCAUGCACAGUUUUUGGUGGUCGAAUGUGGUAGUGGAAAGGGUAAGAAAUCUUCGUUACAUUUCACACAUGCAUUCAAGCCACAAUGCUGGUACUUCAUCGGUCUAGAGCAUACUUGUAAGCAGGGGAUUCUUGGGAAAGCAGAAAGUGAAUUAAGAUUGUAUAUUGAUGGCUCGCUGUAUGAAACUCGACCUUUUGAGUUCCCUCGGAUCUCUAAGCCGCUUGCAUUUUGCUGCAUUGGGACAAACCCUCCUGCUACAAUGGCUGGUUUACAACGUCGUCGCCGUCAAUGCCCUUUAUUUGCUGAGAUGGGGCCUGUUUAUAUUUUUAAGGAACCAAUUGGGCCAGAAAGGAUGUCACGUUUGGCUUCUAGGGGAGGGGAUGCUCUUCCUUCUUUUGGUCAUGGGGCAGGGCUGCCAUGGCUAGCAACAAAUUUGGAAGUGCAAAAUAUGGCAGAGGAAAGUUCACUUUUGGAUGCAGAAAUUGGCGGACUCAUUCACCUAUUCUACCACCCCAGUUUGCUUAGUGGGCGGUUCUGUCCAGAUGCUUCCCCAAGUGGUGCCUCAGGAAUGCUUCGACGACCAGCAGAGGUUCUUGGGCAGGUCCAUAUUGCUACACGAAUGCGUCCUGUAGCAGCUCUGUGGGCCUUUUCCUAUGGGGGUCCCAUGUCUUUACUUCCUUUAGCAGUCAGCAAUGUGGAUAAAGUUACCCUUGAACCACAACAAGGGAAUCCCUCUUUGUCUUUGGCUACCACUGCUCUUGCUGCUCCGAUAUUCAGAAUAAUUAGCACUGCUAUUCAAUACCCUUGGAACAAUGAAGAGUUGUGUCGUACCAGAGGGCCUGAGGUUCUGUCAAGAAUCUUGAACUAUCUUUUGCUAACUUUAUCUUCACUUUAUGCUGGAAAACAAAAUGGUGUCAGUGAUGAGGAACUUGUUGCUUCUGUUUUAUCACUAUGUCAAUCUCAGCAGAAGAACUAUUCACUCAAGGUGCAGCUUUUCAGCACAUUGCUGUUGGAUCUAAAAGUUUGGAGCUUAUGUAACUAUGGGAUACAAAAGAAGCUUCUUUCAUCACUUGCAGACAUGGUUUUUACAGAGUCAUCAGUAAUGCGAGAUGCUAAUGCCAUUCAGAUGCUUCUUGACAGUUGCAGAAGAUGCUAUUGGACAAUUCAUGAAAAGGAUUCAGUGAAUACUUUUUCUCCUUCACGUAGUGAGGCAAGCCGGCCUGUGGGCGAGGUGAAUGCUUUGGUUGAUGAACUCUUAGUUAUUAUUGAACUUCUUCUAGUAGCAGCACCUCCUUCAUUGGCUUCAGAUGAUGUUCGUUGUUUACUGGGGUUCAUGGUUGAUUGCCCACAACCAAAUCAGGUGGCAAGGGUUUUGCAUCUGAUUUAUAGAUUGGUAGUACAGCCAAAUACAUCAAGAGCUCAGACAUUUGCAGAGGCAUUUAUAGCUUCUGGUGGGAUAGAGACCCUUCUUGUUUUGUUGCAACGAGAAGCCAAAGCAGGUGACUAUAGUGUUCCAGAAUCCAUGACUAAUAAUGAUGAAGUUUUGUCAGUCCAGCCACCUGAGCAAGAUGGUAGUGUUGGAGGAGUUUCUGAGAAAAAUCAGGAUGAUGAAUUAGAAACAUCAAAGGAAAAGGAAAAUUCGCGGAAACUUGUUACAUUCCAAUCCCCUGAGGGAGCUAGCAGUCCGGUUUCUGUUUCUCCUGAGUUGAACAUUGCAAGAAUGACUUCUGCUUCAGAAAGCACAUUUAUAAAGAAUCUGGGUGGUAUAGAUCUCUCAAUUAGUGCUGAUAAUGCAAGGAAUAAUGUUUACAAUAUCGAUAAAAGUGAUGACGUUGUUGCCCGAAUUAUCGGGCUCUUAGGUGCUUUAGUUGCUUCUGGGUACUUGAAAAUUGGUUCAACUGCUUCCUCAGAUAUGAGUAACAACAUUAUAGGUAACACACUGCCUGAUGGAGGGGGUAGCAUGUUUGAAGAUAAAGUUUCCCUUUUGCUUUUUGCUUUACAGAAGGCUUUCCAAGCAGCACCGAACCGAUUGUUGACCAGUAAUGUGUAUGCAGCUUUGUUGGGGGCGUCGAUAAAUGCCUCUUCAGCUGAUGAGGCGUUGAACUUCUAUGAUUCCGGUCAUCAAUUUGAACAUGUGCAACUUCUGUUGGUUCUCUUGCGGUCACUACCAUUUGCACCCAAGGCACUGCAGACCCGAGCACUACAGGAUCUUCUGUUUUUGGCUUGCAGUCAAUCAGAAAAUAGAAGCAGUCUUACAAACAUGGAGGAAUGGCCUGAAUGGAUUCUUGAGGUUCUCAUCUCUAGCUAUGAGAUGGGUGCAAGCAAACAUUCUGAUUCCGCAAGGGACAUAGAAGACCUCGUACACAACUUCCUGAUUAUAAUGUUAGAACAUUCCAUGCGCCAGAAGGAUGGCUGGAAGGAUAUUGAAGCUACAAUUCAUUGUGCAGAGUGGCUUUCUAUAGUGGGUGGAUCAAGCACCGGAGACCAACGGGUUAGGCGCGAGGAAUCAUUGCCCAUCUUUAAAAGGAGGUUAUUAGGUGGUUUGCUUGACUUCGCUGCUAGAGAACUCCAGUAUCAGACUCAAGUUAUUGCUGCGGCAUCUGCGAAUCUUGCAUCAGAGUCUUUAUCGCCAAAAGAUGCCAAGGCAGAAGCAGAGAAUGUGGCUCAACUCUCUGUAGCAUUAGUAGAAAAUGCUAUAGUGAUACUAAUGCUGGUCGAGGAUCAUUUACGGUUACAGUGCAAACUGUCAUCUGCUUCACGUGCAGCAGAUAGUUCUCCAUCUCCCCUUUCUCUUGUAUCUCCCCUCAAUAACCGAUCAAAUUCUUCAAAUACAGUUGGUGGAGAUUCCUUGGGAGCGUCGGGUGAUUGUAGCUCCUUAUCUGGUGAUUCUGGGGGACUUCCUGUUGAUCUUCUUGCUUCAAUGGCCGAUGCAAAUGGUCAAGUAUCUGCAGCAGUGAUGGAACGUCUUACUGCUGCAGCAGCGGCUGAGCCUUAUGGCUCUGUUUCUUGUGCUUUUGUAUCAUAUGGAAGCUGUACUACGGAUCUAGCAAUGGGGUGGAAGUAUAGGAGCAGAUUAUGGUAUGGAGUAGGCAUUCCUUCAAACACUGCAGCCUUUGGUGGCGGUGGCAGUGGUAGGGAAUCAUGGAUGGCUGCACUGGAGAAGGAUGCAAAUGGAAACUGGAUUGAACUUCCUUUGGUGAAAAAGUCUGUUGCAAUGCUCCAAGCUUUACUAUUAGAUGAUUCGGGACUUGGUGGGGGACUCGGCAUAGGUGGUGGAUCUGGUACUGGAAUGGGAGGCAUGGCAGCACUCUACCAGUUAUUGGACAGUGACCAACCAUUCCUAUGCAUGCUUAGAAUGACACUUCUUUCUAUGAGGGAAGAAGAUAAUGGUGAAGAGAGCAUACUUAUGACCAAUGUAAGUAUAGAUGAUGGGAAAUCAGAAGGAAGGAAACCGCGAUCAGCAUUGCUAUGGAGUGUGCUUUCACCUGUUCUAAACAUGCCAAUUUCUGAUUCCAAGAGGCAGAGAGUGUUGGUUGCUUCCUGUGUUCUUUAUUCUGAGUUAUAUCAUGCUGUUGGAAGGGAUGGAAAGCCUCUCCGUAAACUGUACCUUGAGGCCAUUGUACCUCCAUUUGUUGCUAUUUUGAGGAGGUGGCGGCCACUUUUGGCUGGAAUUCAUGAACUCGCAACUGCUGACGGUAAGAAUCCUCUUAUGGUUGAAGACCGUGCGUUGGCUGCUGAUGCCCUGCCAAUUGAGGCUGCUCUUGCAAUGAUCUCUCCAGCUUGGGCUGCUGCUUUUGCAUCUCCACCUGCUGCAAUGGCACUGGCAAUGAUAGCUGCUGGUGCCUCUGGAGGAGAAACUCCAGUUCCUCCGACAACUUCUCAACUCAGGCGUGACUCUUCAUUGCUUGAGCGGAAAACUACUAAGCUUCAAACAUUUUCAAGCUUUCAAAAACCUUUAGAGCAACCGGACAAAGCACCAGCUCUACCAAAGGAUAAGGCCGCUGCAAAGGCUGCUGCCUUGGCUGCAGCACGUGAUCUUGAACGUAAUAAUAAAAUUGGUUCUGGAAGGGGUCUCAGUGCUGUGGCAAUGGCCACAUCUGCACAGCGGAGGAGUGCUGGUGACAUGGAGCGUGUGAAGAGAUGGAAUAUUGCUGAAGCUAUGGGAGUUGCGUGGAUGGAAUGUUUGCAGCCAGUUGAUACCAAAUCAGUCUAUGGAAAAGAUUUUAAUGCUUUAUCAUAUAAAUUUAUUGCUGUUCUUGUGGCUAGUUUUGCUUUAGCAAGAAACAUCCAACGAUCUGAGGUUGACAGACGUUCUCAAGUUGAUCUAAUAACUCGUCAUCGUUUGGGCAAAGGAAGUCGUGCAUGGCGCAAGCUCAUGCAUUGCUUGAUUGAGAUGAAGUGUCUUUUUGGGCCAUCGGGAGACCAAUUGUGCAAUCAAUCACCUGUUUUCUGGAAGCUAGAUUUUAUGGAAAGUUCUUCUAGGAUGAGACGAUGCGUGAGGAGGAAUUACGAAGGUUCUGAUCAUUUUGGUGCUGCUGCCGAUUUUGAGGAUCAUAUUAAGACAAAAGAACAGGAAAAUGUCAUAAGCUCCUCAAAUGCUCCUAUAUUGGCAGCCGAAGCGAUUGCCAUAGAGGCAGUAAACGAAGAUGAUGAACAAGGGGAAAUUGAGAAUAUGGAUGAUAGAGCCUAUGGUAUUGAAGAGAGUGUGGAGAAUCAGUCACGACUGUCUGAAACAGCUGAUAAAAACCUGCAGGCACCUGCUGAAUCUGAUGAUACUCAAGUUGCUGGUGAACCAGGCUUGGUCCAAAGUUCGUCACCAAUUGCGGCUGGAUAUGUCCCUAGUGAACUUGAUGAAAGAAUUCUUCUUGAGCUUCCUUCAUCAAUGGUUCGGCCAUUGAGGGUUAUAAGUGGAACAUUUCAGGUAACAAGUAGAAGAAUAAAUUUCAUAGUUGAUAACAGUGAUAUGAAUGGUUCAUUGGAUGAACUAGAUUGCAAGGAUACGAGAGAAGAACAUAAAGAUCGUAGCUGGUGUAUGUCAUCCCUUCAUCAAAUAUACAGCCGAAGAUAUCUCCUAAGAAGAAGUGCUCUGGAGCUAUUUUUGGUUGAUCGUUCAAACUUCUUCUUUGAUUUUGGGAGUACUGAAGGACGAAGAAAUGCAUAUCGAGCAAUUGUUCAAGCACGGCCUCCCCAUUUGAAUAAUAUAUAUCUUGCAACUCAGAGACCUGAACAACUUCUGAAGAGAACACAGCUUAUGGAGCGUUGGGCUAGGUGGGAGAUCAGCAAUUUCGAAUAUCUAAUGCAGCUCAAUACCCUUGCAGGGCGUAGUUACAAUGAUAUUACUCAGUAUCCUGUUUUCCCAUGGAUCCUUUCUGAUUACAGUUCAAAGAGUUUGGAUCUUGCAGACCCUUCUUCGUAUCGAGACCUUUCAAAGCCUGUUGGUGCUUUGAAUUCUAAUCGUCUAGAAAAAUUUCAAGAGAGAUAUUCCAGCUUCGAGGACCCAGUCAUACCCAAAUUCCAUUAUGGUUCUCAUUAUUCCAGUGCUGGAACAGUGCUAUAUUAUCUUGUUAGAGUUGAACCGUUUACGACUCUGUCAAUUCAACUGCAAGGGGGAAAGUUCGAUCAUGCAGAUCGGAUGUUUUCAGAUAUUGCUUCUACAUGGAAUGGAGUUACUGAAGACAUGAGUGAUGUGAAGGAAUUGGUUCCUGAGUUGUUCUACCUCCCUGAGAUCUUAACCAAUGAAAAUUCAAUCGAUUUUGGUACAACACAAACAGGAGGAAAACUUGGUUCUGUCAAAAUUCCACCAUGGGCAGAAAACCCAAUUGAUUUCAUUCAUAAGCACCGGAAGGCUCUUGAAAGUGACCAUGUGUCUGCGCAUUUGCAUGAAUGGAUUGAUCUUAUAUUUGGUUAUAAGCAACGUGGAAAAGAAGCUAUAUCGGCAAAUAAUGUUUUCUUCUACAUUACCUAUGAAGGGACAGUUGAUAUUGAUAAGAUAUCAGACCCAGUACAACAACGUGCAACACAAGACCAGAUUGCAUACUUUGGUCAAACGCCAUCACAACUUCUUACCAUCCCUCACGUGAAGAAGAUGCCACUAGCAGAUGUACUUCAUUUACAGACCAUCUUCCGGAACCCAAAAGAAGUCAAACAAUAUACUGUUCCUGCUCCUGAGCGUUGCAAUCUUCCUGCAGCUGGCAUUCAUGCAUCUUCAGAUAGUGUCAUAAUUGUUGAUAUGCAUGCACCGGCAGCACAUGUUGCUCUGCACAAGUGGCAGCCGAACACACCUGACGGUCAAGGUAUGCCUUUCCUCUUUCAACACGGAAAGGCUGCAGCAAGCUCCACUGGUGGAGCAUUUAUGCGUAUGUUCAAAGGGCCUGCUGGAUCUGGUUCUGAGGAUUGGCUUUUUCCUCAAGCACUAGCAUUUGCUACAUCUGGAAUCAGAAGCUCAUCUAUAGUUUCCAUAACAUGUGACAAAGAAAUCAUUACUGGUGGGCAUGUAGAUAACAGUAUCAAGCUAGUUUCUUCAGAUGGAGCAAAAACCUUGGAGACAGCCUUUGGCCACUGCGCUCCAGUCACUUGUCUUGGACUUUCACCUGAUAGCAACUACCUUGUGACGGGAUCUCGGGAUACUACAGUUUUACUGUGGAGAAUACAUAGAGCAUUUACUUCUCGCUCGAGCAGCGUAUCAGAAUCUUCUAGUGGGACAGGUACAUCAGGCACAACCAGCAAUAGUAAUUUAUCACAUAUAUUGGCAGAUAAAAGCAGGAGGCGUCGUAUUGAAGGUCCCAUACAUGUUCUUCGAGGCCACCAGAGGGAAAUACUCUCUUGCUGUGUGAGCUCAGAUCUUGGAAUAGUUGUUUCAUGCUCCCAAUCAUCAGAUGUGCUCUUGCAUUCUAUAAGAAGAGGUCGGCUGAUCAGAAGGCUACCUGGUGUGGAGGCCCAUGCAGUCUGCCUCUCUUCUGAGGGAGUUGUGUUGACUUGGAAUAAAACACUCAACACUUUGAGUACCUAUACUCUAAACGGGUCUCUCAUUGCCAGAGCUCAGUUAUCGGUCUCUGGUAGCAUCAGUUGUAUGGAAAUUUCUGUUGAUGGAUGGAGUGCUUUGAUAGGAAUAAACUCGUCUAUGGAUACUGAUAGAUCCUUCAGCAGCAGCUGGGAUUCUAAGCUUAAAAACACAGACUUUGAAGAUCUUUCUCGGGAGUCAGAGAAAACUGAGGAAAUCAAAAGACUGGACACUCCAUCACCUUCAGUUUGCUUCCUGGAUAUCCAUACACUGGAGGUUUUUCAUAUAUUGAAGUUGGGAGAAGGAAGGGAGAUCACAUCGCUUGCUCUAAACGCAGAUAAUACCAACCUUCUGGUGUCGACUGCAGAUAAACAGUUGCUAAUUUUCACUGACCCAGCUUUGAGCUUGAAAGUGGUGGAUCAAAUGCUCAAGCUUGGUUGGGAAGGUGAUGGGCUAAGUCCCCUAAUAAAGUCAUAGUUUUAGGCCAUACCGGAAAAGAUACCCGAUAGUCCGAUACCUCCAUAGGUCACAAACUGCAAGAGCAUGUUAGCUAUAGCCCUCUGUCUUGGAGUUUGAGUAGAAUCAUUCAUUUGCAGUUUGAGAUGUGUUUUGACUUUGAGUGUAACAUAUGUGUAGUAUAUAUAGGCAGAAGAACCCUAUAUUGCAUACUCAGAGGUACAGGCUUAGAUUGCUGCGAGGUUGGUGUUUUUUGUUUCUUUGACUCGAUUGAGUUGUAAGUAUGUAGAGGCUCUCGAGGCUUUGAGCUCUUCAUUUUUGUUCAUUGAUUUCUUUUGUUAGUGAAUGAAAAUAUAGAAGGUAUGGCUACAUGGACUGUUCACCAUGAGCAAUAGAAACUUGAUCUAUUUGUUCCAAUCUUGGCUGAAAAUGUCAUCGGAAGAGGUCAGUUUGAGAUGAUGUACCUGAACAAUAUUGAGCAAUGUCCCGACUCCUAACCCCAUGCUCAAGUAAAUAGGCAUUUUGGCUGGAGCUUUCCAUCAUUCCAUGGCAUAUCUUUUUGUAUUUUCCAUAUUUUAAUUUGACCAUUUCUACAAGAUUCGAUGGGAGAAGUUGAGAGCAUUGAAUUAUCCAAUGACUACCAAUAUAUUCAGACUUCCUAUAUUUUC